AACUCGCUCGUGCGAUGGGCCCCUCGGCGGUGCUCGGACGGAUUGGAAUCUCGGCGCCGCGUUGAUUGGCACAAGCACCAACUUACGUCACUUUCGCCGGGGAGAAACAGCCUGUUUCUGCUGCAUCUCUUUUCAUCUUACUGUACUGUCGGAUGACUCGUAACGUCUCGGCGGGAACUGUGCUGACUCAUCGGAUGCGGCAUCUCUUCUCACCGUCUCUAUCGCAGACCGGGUCGUCCACGUCGCGUGUGCGACAGGGUCCUCUGGUGUGCGCGUUCGAGGUGCGACGCCCGCUCGGGUAGAAGUCGCAGAGACCGUGUGAUAGCAACCCCGGAAAGGGGCCCCAGUUACUUGGGACCCCUCAUACCAAGGGGCCAUAGUAUGGUCGAGAUGCUUGUGGUCUAGAAAGCAGGGCAAUGGGAGAAGAACCGGAGGAGUACGGACCUUUUCACGACGGCACUAGUAGCACGAGGAGUCGACAUUAGAGCUAAUAAAUGGCAAUGGUUUUCGCGUCGGCGUUUUAUAGCGUGCUUGAGGCGAGACAUAACCGCGUGAGAGAGACUCAUUCUAGUCGGGUCUGACUCCAAAUUCUUGCGUAGCAUCACACCUCGAGCUCUACUGCGAAUCAGACUGAAGCGGAAGCAGUUUUUAAGGCGCCUCAAAUAUAUGCUCCACUGCGAUUCAGACUGUAGCGGAAGCGGUUGCCGGUCCGCGCGCCAGUAGUUCGGUCGUAUUCACUGAACGUCUUUUUUUAGGCGCCUUAAAAAUCGUCUGGGGUACUCUGUUCGAUAUACAGUGUCGCGCAGAUUCAGUGAAGCUUUGGGGCAUCAUUCACGCGAGAAUCCAUUAUGGAAUCGUCUGGCGGGACUGAUACUAGUGGCGACGAGCGGCGGCGGCCUCGCUACAAGCCGAAUCCGCUGUCGCUAUUGUCACGCCGCGUGAUGAUGGCCUCUGCGUCGUUGCUCCACGCGCCCUCCUCUCCUUCGGGCGCAGAAACGUCCGGCGAGACUGGAAACGAACAUCCUCGUUUUAAGCUGAAUCCGCUGUCGCUAUUGUCGCGUCAAGUGAUCUUGGCCUCUGCGUCUUUGCUGCACGCGCCCUCCUCUCCCACUCCCAUGUCGCCGUUCCUCCUGCCCCCUGCGCAACUGCCGCUGUUACCACCGGCUUCGCCAGCGUCGCCAGCAUCCUCGCAGCCUUCGCCAAGGACCCCUCGGCUACGAGAAGGCUCGCAACAAACGGAUGAGUCAAAGCCGCCGCGUUCGGAAGGGGAGGAGGCAGGCGUACCGAAGACGGGCAGGGAUGAAACGGGCAGGGAUGAAACGGACCUGGGCCGCAGGUUAGUAAGUGCGGGAUUAAGAGCCAACUUGGAGAGUCGAUGGUUCUUGGAAGCGCCAGAGACAUGGCUGGAGACGUGGGCUGAUCCGAUUGUUGCCAGCUGGAAAGAGGAACAUGUGGGAAGCGAGAUGGCGGGAGAAAAAGUGGUAGAUGAUAGCCGGAAAACGAUUGCUGCUGCGGCUGCGCGUUUGGAUAAAGAGAAGCAGCUACAAACGAGGAUGCGAACGGAAGCGGAGCGGGCGAGAUUGGCUGUGGAGGGGCGAAGCGAGGCAUUGAAACGAGGGGCGCUGUCGUUGCAGCGGGAUGUAGAAGCGCAGGGCAAGGCGCUAAAACGAGGGGUGGUUUCGUUACUAGCACAGCGAGACAUGGAGGAGCGAGUUGAGGGAGUGAGACGAGGGGCGGUGUCGUUACAGCGGGAUGUGCAGGGACGGAGCGAGGCGGUAAAACGAGGGAUGGCUUCGUUACUAGAGGAGGAUGUGGAGGCGCAAAGCGAGGCACUGAAGCGAGGGGUGCUGUCAUUACAACGGGAUGUGCAAGCGAACGUGCUGGCGUUUCGACGAGGGGCGGAGUUCUGGCGGCGAGCUGUGCACCUGUACGGCAGUUACAAGCUGUGUCAGCUCCAGGUGGCAGUGAGUGGCCAAUCAGAGGAGGAGAAAGCUGCCACGUGGCAGAGGCAGCAUGAGAAGGGAGCAGAUAUCCUCUAUGCGCUCUGCACCGACAUGAAAGGGUUCUUCCUCAAGGCCGGUCAAUUCUUGGCCAAGCCAGACCUCUCCCCACUGCCAUGGGUGGCCAAGCUAUCUUCUCUCCAUGACUCUGCCCCAGCCGAUCCCUUCCCCCUGGUGCUGCGGACAAUAGAGGCGGAGUUGGGAGGGGCGGCAUGGAGGGACGUGUGGGAAUGGGUGGAGGAGCAGCCUUUGGGGUCUGCCUCGAUCGCUCAAGUGCACCGAGGGAGGCUCAGAGGGGGCAAGGAGGUUGCUAUUAAGGUGCAGCACGCCGGCAGCAAGCCUCUCAUGCUGAUGGACCUGGCGAAUCUCAAGGCGUUUGCUGCCUUCCUGCAGCGCACCGAGCUGAACAUGGACGUCAUGGGUGCUCUGACCGAGCUAGAGAAGCAGAUCCGGUACGAGUUUGACUUCCGCAGGGAGGCAGCAGCCAUGGACACCAUCCAAGUCUCGCUGGCAGGUUCGGCAGCCUCAGGCACGGAAGCAGCGAGCCAGAGGCAACGAACCAAGAAGCGCUGGAAUCUCCUCGCAAGGCCUGCUCCUGCAGCUGCUUCCCCUUCUCCCGUGGUUGUGCCCCGGUCUGUACCUGGGCUGGUGACGAAGCGGCUUCUAGUGAUGGACCUGAUAAAGGGUGUUCCGAUUAUGCAGAUGGAGGAGGAGAUGCACAAGAGAGGGGUUGAUACCAAGGGGUUCUUUGCGAUGAGGGCCAAGAGGUCGAUUUUCCGGUCACUUGGGGCAGCUUAUGGGCUCAUGAUUCUGCGAGAUGGGCAUUUUCAAGCUGAUCCCCACCCAGGGAAUAUCCUCAUCUGCCCGGAUAAAAAGGUGGCUCUUUUGGACUACGGCCAAACCAAGCGUCUCCCACACACAUUGCGGCUUAAUCUAGCGCGCCUGAUACUCGCAGUGGCAGAUAAAGACAUGCAGCGAGUGGGUACGCUCUUCAAAGCUGUGGGCAUUCGGACAACCCUGACAGCUUUUGAGGAUCCUAAGAGUUUUCAUCGCAUGUCGUCGCUUAUGUUUGAUACUGCUGCGUCGGAGGGUGUUACAACAUCAAACCCGUUUUCAAGUGAAUCGACGCUGAAGAGAAACGGAGUUGAGAAAUUCCCCGAGGAUCUGUUCUUUGUGGUGCGCACCAUGCAGCUGCUAAGAGGCCUUGCCAUGGGAAUGGGGUUGAACGAAUCUCUCGCUGAGCAGUGGAGGUCGAUUGCAAAGCAAGUUAUCAAGGAGGCCGGUGAAUCAUGAGACAAGAAACAUGUACAUAGACAAGGAACAAGCUUGCACAAAACGUCAUGAAUAUGUCUGCACUUCUAAUUGUUUGCCUGUUAUGUGAUUGAUAUACAUCUCAAGCUGAAACAUC